AUGACCAUGAUCCUCUUCCUCUUGCUUUUAUCUCAUAUGAUUUGGAUAUGUUACAUGGGAAAAUGCAUUAUUGGUGAUCCUCUCCCUAUUUCUCACAACUAUUUCCAACCUGGUGAUUUCAUCAUUGGUGCCAUUAGUUCUCUUAUGUUAAUGCCUACAGAACUAGAAAGCUUCUUGGAAGAUCCCCAUCUUUCAUUUAAUGGUGAAGUCUUAGUCCAAACUAAGUUUUAUCAGCAUAUUUUAGCUUUAAUAUUUGCUGUAAAAGAGAUCAAUGAAAACCCUCAGAUCUUGUCCAAUAUAACUUUGGGCAUCAAUAUUUUUGACAAUUAUGGUAGAAAAUGGAUUUUUCAUGCCACAAUGGAACUUUUUUCUUCUCUGAAAAGAAUGAUCCCAAAUUAUAAGUGUGGGAUUAAGAACAACUUGGUCUCAGUCAUUGGGGCUCUUUAUUCUGAAAUUUCCAUUGAUAUGGCAGAUAUUUUGAGGAUCUACAAACUUCCACAGCUCCACCAGUUUCUGAAAGAGAUCUCUUUUAAUAACAGUGCUGGGGAUAGAAUUAAGUUUGAUGACAGGAGGGAAUUGAUAGUUGGAUUUGAUAUUAUAAACUGGGUCACAUUCCCAAAUCAAUCCUUCAAUAGAGUGAAAGUGGGGAAGAUGGAUCCCCGGGUUCAAGAGAAAAAUAUGGCUAUUCAUGAUGAAGCCAUCACCUGGCACAGUUCUUUCAACCAAACCUUACCUGUUUCAGUUUGCACUGAGAGCUGCCUUCCUGGUUAUUUCAAGAAAAAGCAGGAAGGGAAGCCAUUUUGCUGCUAUAACUGUUUUCCAUGUCCUGAAGAAAAAAUUUCAAGCCAGAAGGACAUGUAUAUUUGUUCUAAAUGUCCAGAAGACCAAUAUGCAAGCAAGCACAAAGAUUCAUGUCUUCCCAAGAAAAUAUCUUUCUUGUCCUAUGAAGAACCAAUAGGAAUAAGUCUGGUCAUUCUGGCACUUUUUCUUUCUUUGUGCACACUUGCAGUGCUGGCUACAUUUUUGAAAUAUCACCAUACUCCCAUCGUCAAGGCCAAUAACAGAAAUCUCAGCUAUGUUCUGCUAAUAUCCCUCCUCCUCUGCUUCCUUUGCUCACUGCAGUUUCUCUUUGCACCUGGAAAUAUUAUAUGUCACCUCCGACAAAUUAGCUUUGGCAUCAUCUUCUCAGUGGCUGUGUCUUCUGUGCUGGCAAAAACCAUCACUGUAGUUCUGGCUUUCAUGGCCACCAAGCCAGGAUCCAGGAUGAGAAAAUGGGUGGGAAGAGGACUGGCCACCUACAUUGUUCUUACUUGUUCCCUGAUUCAAACAAGCAUCUGUACAGUAUGGCUGUUCACAUUUCCCCCUUUCCCUGAUAUUGACACCCAUUCAGAAAUUGAGGAAAUCAUACUGUUUUGCAAUGAAGGCUCAGAUAUUAUAUUCUACUGUGUCUUGGGCUACAUGGGCUUACUGGCAGUGGCGAGUUUUACUGUAGCUUUUUUCUCUAGGAAUCUUCCCAGUAGUUUCAAUGAGGCCAAAUGUCUUACAUUCAGCAUGUUGAUCUUCUGUAGUGUGUGGCUCUCCUUUGUUCCUUCCUACCUGAGCACCAAAGGCAAAUACAUGGUGGCUGUGGAGGUUUUUUCUAUUUUGACCUCUAGUGUUGGAUUGCUGGGUUGUAUAUAUUUCCCAAAAUGUUAUAUAAUAAUUGUCAGGCCAGACCUAAACAACAGGGAACAACUCAUUAAGAGAAAAAAUAAUGAUAGAAAUAACACACAAAACUCAACUUUUUAA